AUGCCGAUCUCACGCACAGAACUCGAGGGCUCCAUCCGCUCCGCCAUACCCAUCACGCAUCUGGAGAUUAUAGACCAGUCGAAUGGCUGCGGAGAGAACUAUGCGGUUUUCGUCGUGAGCGCCGCGUUCGAAGGGAAGAACACGCUCGCGAGGCACCGCUUCAUCAAUGAUCUGCUCAAGGACCAAAUCGCACGUAUGCAUGCGUUUUCACAG